CGCCCAGCCUGGGUCACUCGCCCCAAACCUCACCCUGCCCGUCCGCCGCUGAGACCAUCUACGCCCGAGUCCCGGAAUCCGAUCAGCCAAAGCUGCCCUCAAGAUGAGUAUUUCAAGAGACUCUCGACACAAGCGUUCGGCUACUGGGGCCAAACGUGCCCAGUACCGCAAGAAGAGAAAAUUCGAACUCGGUCGUCAACCAGCUAUGACCAAGUUGGGCGCCAAACGAAUUCACACCGUCCGGGUUCGUGGUGGCAACUUGAAGUACCGCGCCUUGAGACUCGAGGCUGGCAACUUUUCGUGGGGAUCUGAGCGAGUCACUCGCAAGACUCGUGUCAUUGGCGUCGUCUACAACUCCACCAACAACGAGCUGGUCCGAACCAACACCCUUGUCAAGGGUGCUAUCAUUCAAAUCGAUGCCACCCCUUUCCGUCAGUGGUACGAGUCCCACUAUGGUCAACCCGUCACCAAGCGAGGCAAGCUCGCCAAGGCUGAAGAACCCACCGGAGAAGCUGCCAAGGAAAAAUCCAAAUCUGUUCUCCAGAAACUUGAACAACGACGUCUGACAGGCAAGAUCGACCACAUGCUGGAAACUCAAUUCCAGGCUGGUAGACUUUACGCUUCCAUUGCUUCCCGACCCGGUCAAAGUGGACGCUGUGAUGGUUACAUUCUCGAGGGUAAAGAGCUUGAGUUCUACCUUCGACGAUUGAAAUCGUCAAAGCAAAAACAUGCUGCAUGAAAUUUCAAUGUUACGUUUGCCUUUGCCCGACCAGAGAUCGUUAUGCACCCUUCCUGUUCGAUUGUCAUCUUUCCUUAGACCACUUCGCAUGCCUGAAAUGAAAAAGACCCCACCGUCCUAUGCACUCCAUGUAUUCACCUGUUCCAGGACACUUCUCUCCUGCUUCCUUCCGCUCGUCCGUACAAGGUCAGGAAAAGUGAAACAUACACACUAUCUAGAAAGGCUGUAAUGGGCCAAUGCCAUCUCAAUCCAGAUCAAUUGAUACUGCGAUCUUGUGCAAUAUCAUUUUCUUGGUUUCAGUUGCUUGGGG